AUGUCGAUGGCGGCGGCGGCGGCGGCGGCGGCGGCGGCGACGCUUCUCGCGCGACGGCUCGUGUCAUCGGAAUCGACGCGGAAGAAGACGGUGGUGCUCGGGGCGGGGUUCGCUGGGUGUGAAUUGGCGAGAGAUUUGGCGUCGUCGCGAGACGUUCGUGUUUUGGACGUGAAGGAGUAUUUCGAGUACGUUCCGGCGACGCCGGCGGCGCUCGCCGGGAACGCGCCGUUGAGAAGAAUCUCAAACAGCAAUAGGUUCGCGAGUAAGCGAGAGCGGUCCUUGACGGUGCCGUAUAAGAAGAUUUUACCGCGCUCGGUGGGGUUCACGUGCGUGCAGAGUGGGGAGAUUAAGGUGUGCGAGGAUCACGUCGUCGCCGACGGCGAGCGCAUCGAUUACGACGAGCUCGUCGUCGCCACUGGGUCGAGAUACGGGAAUGCGGCGCUCAAGGCGAGACCAGGAAGUGAGCGGGCGCGAACGCGCUCGGGAAGGAGGGAGCAGAUCGCCGAGGCGCGGGCGAUGUUGGAGGGUGGGAAGACGGUUGUCAUCGUCGGCGGCGGCGCCGUCGGCGUCGAGCUCGCGAGCGAGCUCGGCGCUCGGGCAAAGGAGUUGAACACCGGCGCGAAGGUUUUACUCUUACACAACGGCCAGCGAUUGCUCGAUGGGAUGCCCAAGGCGGUGGCGCAGUACGCCGCGGACGUGCUCGUUCGCCAAGGCGUGAGCGUGUACCUCGGGCAGACGUAUAAUCGUAUCGGGACGACGUUCGUGGGACGAAUGAACGAAAAUGUCAUCAAAUCCGAUCACUACGUCAUGUGCGUUGGGUCUAAGCCGAACACGGAGUACCUCAAGCAAACCGGGGUGGAGGACGAGGAGACGAUCAACGUCCCGCUCGACGCGCUCGGCCGGGUGCGCAUCGACGAAGGUACGCGCCAAGUCAUCGGGUACGACAACGUCUACGCCGUAGGUGACUGCGCGUGCAAGCUUCCUGAUCAAUCAUUGGCGUCGUACGCGCACUGGGAGGCGGAGUACGUCGCCAAGCGCAUCGCGUGCGAUGGAGACGAACGCAAAUUGAGACAACUAGGCUUGUACGCGGUGCCGCCGCGCAUUGUGGCGGUAUCGCUCGGUCCCCGAGACGGCGUCGUCUCCUGGGGUGACGCCGUCGUCGCUCGCGGAAUUUUUGCCGCUAUGAUCAAGUGUUUGGUGCAGUUCUGGUUCGUGCGCUUCUUGCCGGCGCCGUACGCCAUCAUGAAGCGCUUACCGAGCCUGAAGAACAAACCGCCGGCGAGCGUAAUCUUACUCGCACCGCCCACCAUCUCUGCCGCGCCCGCGAGUUAG